AAGAAGGUACUAACAAAAGACAAAUGGAGGAAAACCAAGAUUUAUGUCAAAGAGAAGGGAGAAGUGAAUAUGACUAUUUACUCAGUCACUUAGACACACAAUUUGGGAAGCUGAGAGUAGAAAUACAAGCUAACACUAUAGACAUCAAGAAAGAACUGCUGACUCGUAAUCAACGAUUCCUAGGAAUAGAAGAAAAAUUAAAUGGGCUGGAACAUGAUGAAAACGCCCACAAAGAAGAACAGCUGGCACUAGAGAAAAAGAUGGCUGAUAUAGAGAACAAAUUGGUAGACCUAGAAGACCCGUCAAGACCGAACAAUUUAAGAAUUAGAGGAGUAUCAGAGCAAAUAAAUCUAAAAAAUCUAGAACCAUAUAUAGAAGAAUUUCUUAAACACCUGAAGGUUGAAUGA